AUGCCUCAGGUCAAAACCACCCUCGACGCAGAGCGGGAAGCUUUCGACAAAGAAGUUGCUGAAAUAGAAGCAUGGUGGGAAUCAACCGAGCGAAUUGCAGCCCUUCGCGGCACGGUCAAGCAGAAAUAUUCUUCAAGUGAAAUGGCGCUUAAACUUUGGGAUCAGAUGAUUGAGCAUGAGAAGAAUGGUACCCGUGACCUUACUUUCGGCUGCACUGAUCCUCUACAAGCAGGCGUUAUGGCGAAACAUCAACAGGGUAAAUUCCUUUUUCAGGCAACUAUGAUGCUCCAUUGA